UUCUUAUGGGGCGCUUUGGGCAACAACAUCGGUGUUUUCAGCAUGUGGCCUUUGCUCAAAAAAGAUGGACUGAGUGUUCAAUACCUUGCGAUGCUUCUUCUCUGGAACCGCUUGAUCGGGCACAAUCCGUUCAAACCACACCAUAGAUCUUUUGUGGAACUCGUAUCUUCCGUCGUACACACAGCCAUAAUUAUUCUCCACCUGCUCGAGCUAGCAGUGACACCACCCGCGCGCUACCCUGAUCUCUUUGCAGUACUCAAUGUCCUAGUGAGUACCCCCGUUUUCGGACUCAUCUGGCUUUGGAGCAUCAAGCGUUCCGCGGAAGUAAGCUGGGCUAUAAGCGGACUACCUGGAAAACGCGAAAAGAAAGAAGGGCCGUCUUCUACGUCUGCGAUCAGUGCUUUCUCUUCGAGUGCUGCGUUUAGGCGUGGUGAGGUAGGUGCGCGUGCGAUGAGUCUUGGGUAUGUGAGUGGGCAUGGGCGCGGACAGGUUGAUGCUAGGAGACGGGCGUUGGAGGUGUUGAGCGCGGGGAGUGGUGAUCGGGAACAUCGAGAUUAA